AUGCUACCGACCUUCAGCAUGAGGCGCUUUGGGCCCAAACAUUGGCCCGCUCGUGGUCCGGAUCCGCGCCUCGAUGUCGUCGUAGUCCCAGAUCCUGGAAGACACCAACUGGUGUUGCAUGACCGAAGUGAGGAUAACGAUGCGGGGACGGCCCAGUUGGAGGUCCUUCUCCUACAAGAUCUCCCUGAGGCAAACAUCAUGAGCUUUUUGGAGAUCUCAGAAGCUUCCCAUGAGACUCUGUUUACUACCUGGGGUCUCCAGUACCGGGCAAGAGCGCUGUUGACGUCGUUACUCGAGAAAAGGAAUACCACAGCAAACCCUGUCAUCUUCGCUGGCUUCGGCAUCGGAUGUCUCGUCAUCAUGCAGGCCUUGAUGAUCGCGCAAAAUGAACGUUUGUACUCGUCAAUUAGGAGGAACACAUCACAUUUGGUAUUCACGGGUAUUCCGCCCAAUGCAACGGGUCCUAAGUCUUGGGAGAUUCAGAUCGUAGAAAUGAUGGGCACGUCCGACGGCGGAAGCACCUCUGGAUUGUCAGAGGCACUUGGCCGGUUUUCCAAAACCCUGAUGGAGACAUGCGAGGGAUUUUCUUCCCUUGCUGAUAGAUACCAGUUAGUCAGCUUUGUGAAAGAGGAGAAGACUUCGCAGAGGGGCAUGCGUGUUUGUUAUUCCUUUCCUCUCUCGUACCCUCAACACUUCGCAAACAUAAUGCUGGCUGAAAGGCCUGUUAUGGGCACUCCCUUGGCUAUCUCCAUCGUUGAACCAAGUGAUCGCUAG